AUGGAUAAGUUCCUGCGGCCCACUAGACUGGAUUCGGACCCAAGCUCCAGCACGGCUGAGAAGGACUGGCUGCAUUGGAUACGUACCUUCGACAAUUUUGUCUCUGUCCUCCCAGCAGAAAGCCUCAACAAACUGCAAGUACUAACUAACUAUGUCAGCCCACAGAUAUUUGAGUAUAUCGAGCAUUGCGAGAGAUACGAUGAUGCAGUUGCUACUCUAAAGGCACUGUAUAUAAAGCCCACCAACGAAGUGUUCGCCCGACAUUUGCUGGGUACUCGACGGCAGAAGAGUGGAGAGACAAUGGAUGAAUUCCUCCAGGCCCUCACUGCUACGGUGUACAGAGAUGAGUCUGUGCGUGAUGCCUUCAUCACCGGUCUACAGUCCGGUUCUAUUCGACAGUGUUUGUUGGAGAAUAGUACACUCGACUUGAAUGCAAUGUUCACACAAGCCCGAUCCCUAGACGCGGCCCAACGGAGCUCUGAAACGUAUGUUACACCUAAUCCACCCACGUUCUCUACUGCAGCUGCUACCUUAUCUACUGAUGAUCCUUCCGAAAGCACAAUAGCUGCGGUGUGCGGAACUAAGUGCUACUUUUGCGGAUACAGUAAGCAUCCUCGCCCCGCUAAAGAAGCUGUUUGCCGAAGUUGCCAAAAGAAAGGGCACUUUGCCAACGUUUGUAGAUCCAAUCCAGCGAGCAACCGAUCAGAACAAAGUAAUGCCACGGCGUCUGUGUACCCGACUCUAGCCACGGUCCCUUCCUCCACUCCGCCAACCCUACUGACAUCGUAA